AUGGCUUGCCCUGCAGCGCGAUUAGCCGUCCACCGUUCUUGCGCGCACGCCCGACACGCCACAUCUCUCCAAGCUGCCCGUUCGCCUGUCUGCUCACACGCUUGCUCGCGGCCGCUCCACAAUCUCGCCACGCCCUCUCCGCCAAGCGCGCUGUCCAAGGUCGUCGUUGAAAGAGUUCGCAGAAUCAUUGCACCUGUUGAUUCCCUCGACAUGUCCGCUGCGCAUGCGGGAGGCUUGGGCACGUGGCUCGCGCGUGGUCCCCACGUGUUCUUGAGAGGUCAGAAGGUUUUUGCCAAGGAGCGCGCCUUUAGCGGAUGGUUAGGGGAUGGUCAGCGGGGGGCGGCAGCGCGCGCGGAAAAAGGAGGCGGAGUUAGCCAGCGGAGCGACAGAGGUGGCAAGCGCGGGAAGCCCAGGGAAAAUGCAUCCCGCGGCGGAGGCGGGGGCCGCCGAGAUGGGGCCGGCAGACGGGGAAGCACGAGCAGCGAGAGGGCGGGGAAGCGCGGCGGCAGGGGGAGAAUGGACAGUAUCGGGGGCAGCUGGGGGGAAGUGGGGAGGCGGGAAGAGUGGGGGGAAGGAAAGGCGCAAGUUGGGGACAGGGAUAGGGAAGCCGUCGGUCGAGAAAGCGCGCGGGAUAAUCGUCCGCAAGGGGACGGCGGGCAUGCAAGGGGCCUAGAAGGCGGAGCAGAGGGGGAUGGAGAGAUGGGGGGAGAGAAAGUGAGGGGAGAGGCGAGAGAGCAUGGGGAUGAGUGGCGGGGGGAGGGCGGGAAGGGGCGGAGCGGGAGGGGCGGCAGGGGAAACAUUAUUGACGAGGUUGCUGCAGCAAUGGAAAAACCCCCUGCGCGCGUGAUUCUGAAGCGCGGGCGCGCAGCCCUGUUCGCCUCCGCGAGCCCCGCCCCGCUGGUGUUCUCAGGCGCUGUGGACUGCGUGCUGGGGCGCCCCCCCCCCAAGGCAGGCGACCUCGUCGUGCUCGCCGCGCGCAGGGGGGAGCAGGGGCGCGCAGGGGCAAAGGGGGAGGGGGAUGCGGACGGGGGAGGGGAAGCGGGGGAGGGAGGGGGAGGGGCGUCGGGGGAGUGGUCGCGGGGAGUGGCGGUGGCGUGGGGGGUGUUCAACCCAACGUCUAUGUACCGCGUGCGCAUCAUGCAGACUCUCUCAGACGCUCAAAGGCAUCCCGAGGCCGUCCUGUGCAUGCCAUCUCUGCUGCGCCUGCGCCUCGCCUCCUCACUCAACCUGCGCCUGCUGCUCGGCCUCUCGCCCCUGCCAUGCCCCGCCGCCGCUAGCACGCAGGGCGCAGAAAGCACAGAAAGGAGCACACGAGGAGGCGUGGCAGGGGCCACAGUGGAUGCCACAGGAGGGGGCACCAAUGCGUUCCGGCUCGUGAACAGCGAAGGGGACAGGCUGUCGGGGCUGAUAGUGGAUGUGUAUGGGGAGCGCAUGGUGGUGGCGUCGUCUGCAGCGUGGGUGGAGGCCCACCGCCCCGCCAUCAUGCAAGCACUCUCCCACCUGCUGCCUGCAGCAAGUGCAAGCACACAGGAAUGCGCGGAGGGGGUUGGUGAUGGGGGUGUGGCGAGGGAAGGGCAAGGGGGCAGUGGAUUGGAGGGGCAUGAGAGGAUUGUUUGGAGGCGGUCUGUUGAGAUGCUGAAGGAAGAAGGGGUGGUGGUGGAAGGGGGAGAGGGUGAAGGGCGGAGAGACAACGGUGGGGAGAAGCCGGCAGAUGGGGAGGCAUUUGGAGGUUUGGAAAGCGUGGCGGUUGAGGAUGGGGAUGAGAUGCUCGAUGACAUUGACAGCAGCCAAGAAGGAAAGGUGGAGAGAGGGGCAACGGUUGCAGUGGAUUCUGGCCACCAAGAAGUGGCAACAGUAGCAAGUGGCUUACCAGCACAGCUACCACUCUUAAAAGCCGCAUUUGAGGACCCCUCUGAUGACGACAGGGUGAAGGUGAUGGAGAACGGAGUGGGGUUCUGGGUGGCCAUGGCGAGCGGGCAGAAGACAGGCUUCUAUUCUGACCAGCGGGACAGCCGUCUGUUCCUGCGCUCCCUCGUUGCCUCCUCACUCCACGGCCGUGGAAGCAGUGCGGUACACAAUGGCCUCACCCCCGCUGAUGCCACUUUCAAUGGCGAUCGUGACACCGGUAGCCAAAAUGCAACUGACGGCCAAUCAGCAACAUCAACAUCAUUGUCACCAGCAGCAGCUGUGGAUACUGGGAGGGCAUUCCCGCCCUCGCCUCUGUCCGCCCACCGCCCUCUCUCCCGAGUGCUUGACCUCUGCUGCUAUAGCGGCGGCUUUGCCAUCAAUGCUGCUCUUGCCGGCGCUUCUGACGUCACAGCCGUGGACUCCUCCCCCUCGGCACUCUCCCUGGCAGCAGCCAACGUGGUCCUCAACGGGCUACAGCCCUCCGCCGUGCGCUUUGAGCGCGCAGACAUCAGUGCGUUCAUGCAGCGGGCGGUGGCGCAGCAGCAGCAGUGGGACCUCGUUGUGUUGGACCCACCCAAGCUUGCUCCCACUCGGAAGUCCCUCCCCCGGGCGUUGCACCGGUACCGGCGCCUCAACAGCCUGGCGCUGCGCCUGGUGGCGCCUGGAGGGCUGCUCAUGACAUGCUCGUGCUCCGGUGCUGUGUCACAGCAGCACCUGCUGCUAGGCAUCCUCAGGGAAGCGGCAGCAUCAGCGGGGCGGCAAGUGACAGUGGUACGGGAGGCGGGUGCCGCCCCAUGCCACCCCAUCGACCCCGCAUGCCCUGAAAGCACCUACCUCACCAACCUCCUUGCCUUUGUGCACUGA